AUGAACGUUAUGAACAGCUCCCAGCCCAAUAGCGAGACCGGCACUGCCACUGCUGCUCCAGUCCUCGACUAUGCAUGCCUAUUCUCACACGACCUGAAGCGAAAACAAAAACGAUGGCAGGAUGGGCGACUCAAGUUCCACUGCUUCAACAAGAGGGUGAUGGUCUAUGAUGAGCGUGGUAACUUUAUUGGCGACACGCACUGGACGAUGGAUUACGACUUGGACGAGGGUGAAGAGUUUCAACUUGCGCGCGGAUGCGUCGUAGUACAGGUCUCCGAGUGUCUGGGACGCAAAGAACAAGACCUGUCCGCAUUGAUCGACCAACGCUACAAGGACAAGGAGGAACGCAAGGCCCAUGCUGACGCCGCUGCCGCUUCCAAACCGUACAGGCCUGCUCCUACGCCACACCGACCACCAAUGCCCAUCACCCAAACAAUGACAACUAUAGCAACCCCUCGUGGUAACCAGCUCGGCCGUGCCAUCCUCCCUACGUUAUCACCCUUCGAGCAGCGGAACCUCGAUGCUCAAGAGUCCGCCCAGCGGGAUGAGCAGGCCAGACCUGCCAAAAGAAGAAAGCCAGAGGCAUCACCCCCGAGCAAGAGUGGGUAUGCCAGGAGUCUCUUCGGAGCGCCGCUCGCCUUGUCUUCUUUUACCUCAAGCGCCGCACACCCGUCUCAGACUGCUCCGUCACGGGCCUCAGAUAUCCGCGCCAUUGGCAGAGAACCGUUACUGCCCCGUUCGCGACCCAUGCCUAGUCUUCUGAAAGUGCAGCCAACUGCGUUUGCCGACACUCCUUCGAAAGCUCCCAAGACAACGGCUAGAUCGAACCCCAUUAUCAUAGCUGAUGACACCCCCGAAACUGACUCAAAUCACGUCCACGUCGAUUCUGCGGAGCCAUCUGUCAGUCUCGCUACCAUCGCUGGGAAGUCGAAAGCCAGAGCAGGCCGGUCGAGCAACAAGCCGUCCCAUCGAGACGAACACCUGGCAGAGGAAGAUGGCCCCCCGAGCUCAGGCGAAAUCAUCGGUGCGCGAGCGGUUUCUCCACAGUUGGUAGCUGCAGAAAGCACGCUGCUUCAACCACGUAUAGCGAAGCGAAAGACCCUUCUAUCCGUGCCAAGGAAGCAGACAGGACAGCCGACUCACAACCAGCUCGAAAGCUCAACAACGGCUAGGACUGACGAUCAAUUCUCUACUGCGGAUGCGCUAGAUCUAAAUCCAAGAACGAGCCUUGUGGCGAGCACUAAACGGGCAAAAAAACGUGGUCUCCUGAUAGCCGCGGAGAAGACAACAACCAGGAAGCGACGCAGAAAUGUCGAAGAUGAAUCAGGCCACGACGUGGCGAAAUCUGCUUACUCUGUGCGCGCCGAAGAAGAGGAAGUUGUCUCUGAGGAUAAAAGACGCCGCAAAGUUUCGGCUGGCUUGAUGUUCGAUGACGACGAUGUCAUCAACGUUGACAGCGACGCUACUUCCCGAGAGGCAGCAGCUAUCGCUCGCAUGCGUGAAUCCAUGACGUUCGCAAGCGACGAAGACGAACCCGCGGUCAUCAAGCAAGGCCUGGAGAACGGAGCCAGAAGGAAAGAAGCUGGUGAUGAGGGACGUAUUCAAGGGCAACUCCGGGCGAGGGAGGUACGGAAAGAACGGGAAGAAGAAGAUCGACAACGACAGCUGCGGGAGACGCAGGUUCAAGAGGAAUCUGAGAGGAAGCAGAGGGAGAUGGAGGCGCGUGAGGAAGCAGCUCGACAAAAGAGACGACAGGAGAAGAUGGCUCUGGAAGAAGAGAAGCGCCGACAGGAAGCACGCGAGGAGGAGGCUCGGCAAGAGGAGCUGCGUCGACAACAAGCUCGCGAGCAGGAAACCCGCGAGAAGGAAGCUCGUGAUGAGGAAGUGCGACGUCGAGAAGCUCGCGAAGACGAAGCUCGGCGAGAAGCACUGCGCCAACAGCAGAUCCGCGAACAUGAAGCUCGUGAAAAACAAGCUCGUGAAAAACAAGCUCGUGAAAAACAAGCUCGUGAAAAACAAGCUCGUGAAAAACAAGCUCGUGAAGAAGAGCUGCGACGUCAGGAAGCCCGUGAGAGGGAAGCUCGAGAAGCCGAGAGGCGUCGUCUAGAAGCCCACGAGCAAGAGCUACGCAGGCGAAAGGCAAGAGAAGAAGAGCUACAGCAAGAGCUGAUUCGUGAAAGACAGGCUCGCGAACGUGAGGCCAAGGAGAGGAGAGCUAGAGAGGAGGAGGAGCAACGACAGCAAGAGCUCCGACAGGAACAGACCCGCGAAAAGGAGGCUCAAGAACGAGAGGCCAAACAGAAGGAAGAGCGAGAAAGAGAGGCUCUGGCAAGAGAAGUCCGCGAACGGGAGGCGAGGGAAGCAGAAGAUCGUGAACGGAAAGCACGAGAAAGGGAGGCGCGUCUGGAAGCUCGAGAGAAGGAAGCUCUGGAACGGGAGGCUCGCUUAGAAGCUCGGGAAAAGGAGAGUCAGCUCAAAGAGGCUCGAGAGAAGGAGGCUCGAGCGAAGCAAGCUGAUGCCGAGAAAACGCGUCCAAAGGACGUCAGAGAGAAGGCAAGGCUUCCUAAGUUUGUCCCUCCCACUAGGCCUAGUAAACUUGGGGGCGCUGUCCGAGCCAGCCUUUCUCGUGCCAUACCUCAGGCUGCUGGCGUUAGAGCCUCUACAGCGGCGCGAGAGUCCACGAAUCUGGAUGCCGCCACGAGGAACCGGUCGGCCGAGGAGCCAACUGGCCCUUCGUCUGCCACUUUGCCUGUCUUCACGCGAGCGAACGGGGGUCCAUGGAGCAUACAAGCACACGAUCUGCUAGGAAUUGGGCGGCCUUCAUGA